CAAGGUUUUUAGUAUCUCUUUUUAGUAUUAAGUAAACUGAAACCGUUAGAACUUUCUGAUAAUAGAUAUCAAAGUUAAAUUUUUGGAAUUUUAAUCGUAUCUUGCUAACCAUAACUUUGUUUGGAGUAUUUUCCCAAAUAUUUGUUAAAAAUACGUUGUACUGUAAUAAAGCGGAUGCUAGUUUUUUCGAAACCUGUGGGUAGAACGAUAUAUUUUUUUAGUAAACUAAAGUCUUUUUGGUAUAAUAAAAUUUGCAAAAUGGUGCCUACAAUUCCUACUGUUAGACUUAACAGUGGUUAUGAAAUGCCUGUAGUUGGACUUGGAACAUAUGCGCGUAAAGCGGAUCCAGGACAGUUCCGGCAGGCAGUAGAGUGUGCUCUGGAUGCUGGAUACAGGCAUAUUGAUACAGCAUCUAUUUAUAACAAUGAAGAAGAAGUUGGUGAAGCUAUUAAUAAUAAAAUAAAACAAGGUGUUGUUAAAAGGGAGGAUCUUUUUGUAACAACUAAGCUAUGGAAUGAUAGUCAUGCAGAAAAAGAUGUGGUACCAGCUCUUAAGGAAUCUCUGGAAAGACUUAAACUGAAAUAUGUAGACUUGUAUUUAAUUCAUUGGCCAGUGUCUGUUAAUAACAAGGGUGAAGAUGAAAAUAUAGAUCAUUCGGAGACAUGGAGAGGUAUGGAACAGAUUGUAGAGCUUGGUCUGGCCCGGACUAUUGGUGUGUCAAAUUUUAAUGAACAGCAGUUGAGUAAAUUACUUGAAACGGUUAAGAUUAAACCUGCUGUCAACCAGUUUGAGAUAAAUCCGACCUUCACAGCGCACAAUUUGGUAGAUUACUGCAAAAAGAUGUCUAUUAUUCCAGUAGCUUAUACACCACUUGGUCUUAUUUCUGAGGCCCGACCGGAGUUUAAAGGUGUUGAUGUUAUCAAAACUGAUCCAAAGUUGGGUGAAAUUGCGGAAAAAUAUAACAAGAGUCGUGCUCAGAUCGGAUUGCGUUAUUUGGUACAACGCGGUAUUCCGGUAUUGCCAAAGUCGUUUACGAAAUCGAGAAUCGAAGAGAACUUGAACAUAUUCGAUUUCCAAUUGACAGAUGAGGAGAUGAAGAUAGUUGAUGGUUACAAUUUAAACCAUAGAUGUGUGCCCGGACUUGCUUUUAAGAAAUACAAGAAUUUCCCAUUUUAGACAAUACCCAAUUAAUUAGCGUUUAUUCAACUAAAACGACAAGUAAGUAAAUGACACAUGUCAUUUUCCCCUUCUAGUCUUUUGACUGAGUAGUAUAAUAUUGAAGAUAUCGUCCUCUCUCUAGUAGACCUUUUUAGCCGUUUUUUUUUCAGAGGGGAACGCUCUAUGCAUACUCCGGUAGUUAUGUGGGAUUCUCUUC